CUGAGAAGAAAAAUAAGAAUAAAAAGAAGCUGUGGCACAAGAAGGGGAAGGCUUCUAUAACAGCUACAAGGAUUCUCCGCCAGUUGACAGAAAAUGAGGAUGCUGCCAACCCACCGAUCGCGUUUCGGCUCUCCACCGCGCAAAUCGGGGUUUGUUGGCUUGGGGCAACUGUGGCAGUGCGCAAACGCCAGAGUCCAGCGCCUAACACCCGUCAUCAAACAUUUUCAGCAGACAGUGAAAAGUGAAAAGUUCCAGAAAAAAAAAUUCGUGCUCUUAUCCCAGUGGCCAAAUUAGUGAAAAGAACCCACCCAGCAUGGAGAAGAUCUGGCAGAAGGUUUGCGACCACCACGAUGUUCCGGAGCAGGUUGCAAAGGAAUGGUAUUCCCGCAUUCAGGAGCAUCUAAGUGCCGAGAGCCCAUCGCGCGCCUACCACAAUUGGCAGGAGAUGAUGCAGCGCAAGGUGACGCACCUGGCUGGCGUCAAGAAUCCUAACAUCGUGUUGGCCGCCUUUUUCCAGUACUACCAUUUCGAUGGAAAUCGCAGUUGCGCGGAGAAGAACUGCGAAGUCUUUGAGGAGUUCUGUCACGAUGCCGUCAUCGAAGACGACCACGCCAAGAGUCUGGUGUGUAAUCUGUUGGGACGCAAAACGCCCGACAAUGAACUGACCUGGGACCACGACGACGAAGCAAAUCUAUUGCAAGAUGUGGAUCUUGUGGUGCUAGCGGCCCCGCCGGAGGAGUAUCAACACUAUACAACUCUCUUGCGCUCCGAGUAUGCCAAUCUCGAUGAUGCCAACUACAAGGCGAUGCGGAUCAAGGUGCUGGAGACAUUGCUAUUGAUACCUUGCAUCUAUGCCACGGAUGAGUAUCGUAACAAGUACGAGGAGCUGGCCCGUGCCAAUAUUCGCAACGAGAUCCGCGAACUGAAACAGCAAAACUAAGCUGCAUUGGCUGCCGGGGGUUGGAUGGAUCGGGAUGCGAAGGGCUGCUUUGUUCACUGCUGUUGAGUUGUACAUUUGCUGGCCGUUUUACCUCGUUUGCCGCGCUCUAGCGAAAUCAAUAUAAUUUUACAUUUAAGUCGGAUGUAAUCAAAAUCACUUUCCUAGUUAGUGUGUACGCCUAGAUAUAUACGUAAGCCCUGUAAACUCUCCAGCUCAUAAUAAACUCGAUGUAAAUCUCUUAAAGCGUUGCAUGUUUUACUAAAAAAACUAAGAAAACUUAAAAGAAUAAUUCGCAGUAAGUAGGAUAAGCAACCACUGGCUUGCUUUUCAAUACACAUCUUAAUAUUCUCAAGUUUUAUUUAAUUUUUUUUAUUUUUAUCGAAUAGGGAACAUCAACCACUACACAACCAACAAUGUCGGCGCAGUCUUCUAAUGGGGUUAAAAAACAUAAAAACAAG